AUGGGUGAAGGCGGUAGUUCUGGCGAUAUAGAAGCUUUGGAGGUCUACGAUCCAAAGGAAGUACUUCUUACUAAGGAUCUUUUUUAAAUGUCAAGAGACGAAUAGAAAAGUGAAAUUUGGAAGGUUGCUAACUCAGCCAUUUCAGUUGGUAUUGGUAUUCUUUUGAGCAUUCUCUUUUUAUCAGUCAAUUUGCACUUUGCUGGUCUUCUCUAAAAUGACGCUAUUCUUGGAGGCAUAGGUUUAGGAAACAUUAUGAUUAAUUGCACUGGUUAUUUCCUUUUGGUUGGUUUGAACUAAGGAUUUGGAUCUCUCUCUGCUCGUGCUUUUAGUGCCAAGUCUUCAAUUUUAAUGAAAAAUUAUUUCACUAAAGGAGCAUUCACUGUUUUAUGUGUCAGUAUCUUUAUGCUUGUUUUUAUGUUUAAUGUGUACGAUAUAUUAGUCGCUUUGGGAUAGGAAGAAUAGGUUUCCUACUAUGCUUCAUAAUAUAGUUUAGGCAUCAUGUUCGGUUUAAUUUGCCUAUUUUUCUUUGAUUUCUUAAGAAAUUACUUCAACUCAAUGGGUAUAUACAAUGAACCUAUGUAUAUCUAGAUUGUUUCUAUUGUGACCUAGUAUCUCUUUUGUUUUGUUUUCAGUGAGUAUCUUGGAUAUGGAUUCAGUGGUAUCAUCUUUGCCACAAAUAUCAAUUACUUUUUCUUACUUUUGAUGGCAAUCUGGCUUGCAAAAAAGAAAAAUCUUGAUAUCAUGCCUGAAUGUAAAAUGGAUACAGUAAAGGUCAAUUACAAGAAAUACAUCCAUUUUUGUAUGCCUAUUGCACUUCCUAUGGUCGUUGAUAUUUUCUGCUUUGAAUUAAACUCCCUUUUGAUCGGAUCUAUGUAAAUAAAAGCUCAAUUCAAUGCUCAUAUUAUUAUGUGCAAUUUAGCUUCACUUUUCUACUCCUUCCCUCUUGGCCUCUGUGGAGCUCUUUGCACACUUAUAUCCAAUGCAGUAGGACAUAAUGAUCACGUUAAAGCCAAAAACUAUUUUAAGAUAUCUUAUAUUGUAGGUAUUGGAUUUGCUUGUGUUAGCACAUUCUUGUUUGUAUUUUACAAAAGAGAAUUAGGCUUAUUCUAUACAAGUGAUGAAGAAAUCGUUCAAUAAUUUGUAAGCAUUAUGACUAUUUUCUAAUUCUUUAUAGGUUUAGAUUAUCUCCAAGGUUCCCAACAAGGUAUUCUAAAAGGUGUAGGAUUAGGAAAAGUAUGUUUGAUGCUCUUUAUAAUCUGCUUUUAUGUAAUAGGUACAACAUCAAGUUGCAUUUUAGGUUUUGUCUUUGACUUACAGUUAAUAGGUUUUUGGAUAGGAUUUGUAUUAGCUAUAGUUACAGUAUUUGCAUCCCAAACAUAUGUUAUGUUAAAAAUAAACUGGUAGGAGCAAAUUCAUGAAUAGCAUGAACACUUACUUCAAGAUAAGAAAUUACUUGACGAAUUAUAAACUGAAUUAAUAAAAUCAGAGCACUGA